GGAGAGGAAGAGAGGGAGAGAGAGAGAGAGAUAUCCAGGCAGAAUAUCAAUGUGCAACGGAGGAGAGGGAGGAGAGAGAGAGCUCAGGCUAUGGAGCAGAUAUUAGCAUGAGCAGCAUUGUUUUUCUGUUGAGGGUAGCAGGACACAACAAACAUAAACAGGACAUUUGAACAACGGAUAUAUAGUUUGCCAGUAAUCCUGAACUUCUAAAAUAUUCUCAAAAUGUCAGAUCUGGAAGACUUCAGCAAAACAGCAGGGCACUGGAACACAUCGGACAGCUACCAGCUGAAUCCCACCAGUGUGAUCGUGCCCGUUGUGUUCUCGCUCAUAUUCCUGCUGGGGACCAUUGGGAACAGUCUGGUUCUGGCCGUCCUCCUCCGCAGCGGCCAGGUGGGAUACAACACCACCAACCUGUUCAUUCUCAACCUCAGCGUGGCCGACUUCUUCUUCAUCAUCUUCUGCGUGCCUUUCCAAGCCACCAUCUACUCCCUGGAGGGCUGGGUGUUCGGCUCCUUCAUGUGCAAGGUGGUCCACUUCUUCAUCAACCUCACCAUGUACGCCAGCAGCUUCACGCUGGCCGCCGUCUCGGUUGACAGGUAUCUGGCCAUUCGCUACCCUCUUCGCUCUAGAGAGUUGAGAACGCCCUGUAAUGCCGUGGUUGCCAUGGUAGUCAUCUGGGGACUAUCAUUGAUCUUCGCAGGACCGUAUUUGAGCUACUACGACCUCAUAGAUUACGCCAACAGUAACGUUUGUGUUCCAGGUUGGGAGGAGUACAACCGCAAGGUGCUGGACACGUGCACCUUUGUGUUUGGUUAUGUGAUCCCUGUGCUCAUCGUGAGCCUGUCCUACACCAGAACCAUCAAGUACCUGUGGACUGCUGUGGACCCUCUGGACGGGAUGUCGGAGUCCAAGAGGGCUAAGCGCAAAGUCACCAAAAUGAUCAUCAUCGUCACAGUGCUCUUCUGCUUAUGCUGGCUGCCCUAUCAUGUGGUGAUCCUAUGCUAUCUGUACGGAGACUUCCCCUUCAACCAGACCACAUACGCAUUCAGGAUCCUCUCUCACUGCAUGGCCUACGCCAACUCCUGCCUCAACCCCAUUGUGUACGCCUUGGUGUCCAAGCACUUUCGCAAAGGUUUCAAGAAGGUGUUCAGCUGCAUUCUCAGUAAGAACGGCAGGAACAAAGUGCAUGUGGUACAUGUGGCCAACACAGUGCCUGGGUUCCAGGCGGGGUCCACAGAAGUGUCACAAAUGAAUGAGGACAAUGUACGACAAAAUGACUGUGAGAUGAGCAGCCGGCCCAUCGCCGAGCCGAGGGAAGCAACUAUAAGCCAUUUCCAGAAACAGCCUUGAAUGAUGAGGCCUAUGGUAAAGGACUGUGCAGAUUGCCUUAUCACAAAGACUUUGCUUUCCAACCUCAAAGGGAAACUCAAUGGUGACAUUAUCUCGGUUUUUGAGAUGGUGACAACUGAGAAUUUGAUGAGAGGGUAAAGAGAGCAUGAUCCUUAAAAAAACAAACAUGAGAAUGGUUCAAAUAGAGAAUUAUAAAUUAGAAUACUAGUCAUUUAAUUUAUGGGUUGCACCUAUGUUUCAUCACAAUAUUGGUUUGAACAUUUGUUUUAGAACUGAUGCCGACUGAGCAUUCUACUCUAUGCAUUGUCAAUGAGCGCUGAGGAAGAUAUCAUCAAGUGCAUUACAAUGGCUUGGAAAUACAAUUACAUUUCAAAACGAGGCAAUUAAUUAGUAGGAAAACCUUUUGUCAUCAUUUAGAUGUCAUCAGAUGGACUUGCAGAAUAACGUUAGCUAGCAAGCUAAGAUUGAGUGGAGAUCACCGGAUUUUAGCUAGCUAAGUUUAGCAUUGCUAGCUAUUUUCAAUAAACUUUCCUAGCUAAUGACAACAGUACCCUCUGUCUAAAGUACGUUUUAUGAAGUGAUAAUGAUGGCAUAGUUGCGUCCUACUAAAUAUUUGCAACGUCAUUGUAAUUUAGAUGAAGCAGUCAUUUCCCUACGUUCAGAAUGAAUGUGUUUAAUCUCAAGAGUGCGGCUUGAGAAUGCUCUUAACAAUGGCAUGACGCGACCGAGUGAUGGAGGUGCAACCUACGAAUAGGAUCUCUCUUAGGUUCAAAUGUAUUAGGCUGGUGGUGUUAUCUUUUUGCUUUGCACACAUUUGUAUUUUUCGCAUGAUUCUCUCUGAUGUUUACUGAACUCAGUCACUUAAGAGUUGUGUUGCUGUUGUAAAUGCCAUGCUGCUAACUAUAUUAUCCUUUAUGGCCUCUGUUCACUUGUAUUAUCUAAUCUGUCUGUUAAACUCUAUGAAGUCAAAUGUCUCUUUUCUCUGUUUGCUUUCUUCACUUUCCUAGUUUCCCCUUUUCUAGUCGAGUCUCCUUAAAAGCUUGUAUACUACCUCACUGCUGUGUUAAACUACCCUGCCUCUCAUGUUCUUACUCUCCCUCUCAUUUAGAAAUUCCAAGAAAUGCAAUUUUCCACCAGCAGGACUGAUUUUCCUGCAAAAGGCCAGAACAGAAAGGUAUAUAUUUUAUAUUUAGAACUCUCCUUCAUACCCAGCAAUUUUGUCAAAAUGCAAUGUGCUUUCUGUAUUAUUUGUUUUCGCCUUUGUGACACUUCCUUAUGUCUGUACUUUAUGUACUUCUCUAACUUGUUUAUGUGUAUUGGAUGAGAUGAUGUAUUUGGUUAAAUAUUGCCUAACAUUUUAGAAGUGGAUGUAAAUAUCAAUUAUCAAAUCAAAUGAUUUUUUUUUUGUCGCGGUAUUUAAUGCUAUUAUUGGUAACAUAUCAAACCCUAAUCCUAGCUUCAUGUGCACAACCCUGGGUUCAACCCUAAACCUAGACAUAUCCUUAUGUAGUUUUUAUGAAAGGUACGUUCGUGUAAAGUAGCUAUUCCUAAGCAAUUUGUUUAAACUAAGACGAACAAAUAUUGUGUGUUCUAAACAUUCAAGCUCUAACAGACCAUGCUUUAAAAGCUCAAUUGGUUCAGCUUAUUAACAUGAAACAAAUAGCUUACCACCUCAUGGGUAUCUUAGCCCAUAUGCUGUAGAUUUUCAACGUCUCUAACGUCUCAGUAUGACUAAUUAAAAGCAAAUUCCGCCUGGAGGAAUAACAAUUGCUUUCAUGGGAAUUGCUUUUUAUCCCUAUAUGGGAUUUCAGUCCCUACAUCAGUAUUCAUAAGUACAGUACUGAGACGUUUAGAAAAGCAAUAAGGAGUUGUAACAGUCUCAUCAUAGCUCAUUGUGUUCUUUGCUAUGCUAGGUUUGGCAACAUGCACACGACCCAUCUAAAAGUCAGGAUGGAGUAUGUAUCCUUUUCUUGUUCACCCAUUAAUAAUAGGAGGAAACACACGUGACACACACUUCACAUUAGAAACGCUUUGUGUGUUUGUUCUGAGAACCUUCAUUGGUAAAAAGGUAGAGGGACAACAAUGCUCUAAAGUGGUCAGUAUCACACAUCAUGUCUUCUGAAGGUUGGAAAAUAUAAUGAGCUAAUCCGAUCUCAAUAGAAGACAGCAACUAUUAUCAUGCCAAGAGUAGAACUAAUUUACCUUGCAAGACGUGAGGAGCCUCAAUUAGCUAAAUCCCAUUUCAGGUAUGCUAUAUGUCUAAUAAAAUGACUAUUAUCAUGGUAACAGUCACAGGUUCAGUCUCACCCAAUUCUUAUGAAGCGUUUUCUAAGACCUUUCUAGUCUGGCUCACCAUCCUACACAUUUUAUAAUUGUCUCUCCAAAUGGUGGUUCGAUACAUCCACCUACUCCAUUGAUCCUAUUCUUCCGGUGGCAGGCAAUAAUUUCCCAUGUUUCAUUCACUGGCAUUACAAUAAGUACAGACAGUAAAUAUCAUUAUUGAACUACAGGCUCUCUGUUUGCACUGAUAUGAUUAUAGAAAGGCAUUGUUUGUCGUGAGAUUUUUUUGAGGAUUUUUCAAUGACGCUCUAUAAGGCUCAGUACUUGUUUCUGAAUUGUCGUGGCAACCAAUCAAUAAGCCUGCAGCCUCCCUUGUCCUCAGAGCGCUUACCCUCAUCUGUUUCACACCUUGUAGCGUUACAUCCUUGAAUGCAUCUGACCACGUUUGUACAUUGAAUAAAUAUGAAGCUGUGUGAAGAUAGAGCACACAGUGCUGAGCGUGCACACAAAAUAGGAUUAUUUUUCUCCAUUAAAGCCAGUUGAGGCUGCUGAGGGGAGGACGGUUCAU